CAGACAUAUCUGAUGCCCCUCCAACAGAGGAAGAACCAGUUGAAGCCCAUUCCUACAAAGACAAACCAAGUCAAGUUUUUCACCACCCUGGCUCCUCCUCUUGCUGCUGCAUUCCUGCUUUUUUCUCCAAUUUGCGUCACUCCAGUUUCAAGUGCCCAAACCCUAGAUAUCCUAAGAGGAGCCUCAUUGUUCCGUCAAACAUGUAUUGGAUGUCACGAUGCAGGUGGAAACAUUAUACAACCAGGAUCAACUCUAUACACAAAGGAUUUACAAAGAAAUGGAGUUGAUACAGAAGAAGAAAUCUACCGCAUCACAUACUAUGGCAAAGGAAGAAUGCCGGGAUUUGGUAAAGAAUGCAUGCCUCGAGGGCAGUGUACAUUUGGAGCUCGUUUGGAAGAUGAAGAUAUCAAGAUAUUUGCUGAGUUUGUCAAAUUGCAAGCUGAUAAAGGGUGGCCAAGUGUAGAAACCGAAGAAAAAUGAUUUAGCAAUUGAAAUUUCUCCUCCAUCCUGUCCUAAUUAAUUGGUACAGAGUCAUUCAUUUAAUCGAUUUAUGUACAUUAGUGUUUUUAUAGGUUUUGGAAUUUUCUUAUAACAAUUUUUGUGGUGUGUCACAAUAAUUAAAUAGAUAAAAUAACUCAUCUGAAGUGAUUUAAAGUGAAAAUGUGUUAUUGCGAGAGGGUAUAAAUAACAUUUCUAAAGGAAAUAUGUUAUUGUAAAAGGUAUCAUUAACAUAAAAAUAG